AUGCAAGCUCAAACUCCGGAGCAGCAGCAGCAGCAGCAGCAGAGUCUAUGGAUCAGGAGUUCUACCCACAGUCAGAGAGAUGUCACGUCAGAAGAAGAGAGGGAAGAUGAGGACGAGGCUUUUUCAUUUGGAUCAACUCUGUCUGCUUUCCGAGCCAAGGAAGAGCAGAUUGAGAGGAAGAAGAUGGAGAUACGGGAGAGGGUAUUUGCCCGACUGGGCAGAGUCGAGGAGGAGAGCAAAACGCUGGCAAUGAUCAGAAAAGAACUCGAAGCCGUGCUUGAUCCGACAAGGAAGGAAGUGCUAGCCAUGCGCAAAAAGAUCGACAUGGUGAAUCGCGAGCUGAAGCUUCUGAGCCAGAACUGCCUCAAGAAGGAGAAAGAAUACAUUCAAGCUCGCGAAGCAUUCGAUGACAAGAACAGGGAGAAGGCACUGCUCGUCGGCAGACUAAUGGAGGCGGUUAGCGAGAGUGAGAGAUUGAGGAUGAAGAAGCUCGAGGAGUUGAGCAAGACAAUGGACUCCAUUCGAUAAAUAUCAGAUGUUUUAUUUUAUUUUUUUCUAUUUCUCACGAAAAAGACGGCAAUUGAAAUGUUGAAGAAAUUCAAAAUGAGUUUUUUUUUUCUCGUUUCAUUGGAUUGGUAUUGUUUUUGAGAUAUUUAUUGAAACAAUUGUGUUGUGAUCA